UAGCAACCGUGUGUGACAAUUGUCACUCCCAGCGCGAAUCUGAUUCAAUAAAAUAGAAUUAUCAUGUUUCCAGACAGUUGUCACGGUGUGAUAGUGAAGUAACACUAGCAGAAUUUAGCUUAAGUUCGCUGCCGUAUCAGUCUGCUGUCUGUUUUUCUCUUUCUUUAGCUGGAGAGACGGAGCUCUAGCGGUAUCCAGGUGGAUCUCUUCUUCCAAAGAUGUCUUUUCAGGAGUCGCCUCGUCCUUCCGACGAGGAGGAGGCUUUCUACAUGCAGUGCAGAGCUGCGUACCUCGCUGUGUUCAGAUCUAGUUUGACAAAUAUCGCUUCGAAGCAGCAGUUAUGUCGUGUUCUCCAGCAGGCUGGAAGAAAUCCAUCUCAUGCCACUCUCAAUAAAUAUUGGACUACCAGAACGUACAAACUGAACUUUGAUGACUUCUGUGAGAUUGUCAAGUGUGAGAAGAAAACUGAGGAAGCUGAGCUGAUGAGAGCUUUUAAAAAGAUGGAUGUGAAUGGUGACGGCUACAUCACACACAGUGAACUGGAGAAGGUUCUAACCACUGGAGGAGAGAAAAUGACAUCUGAGGAGGUGAAUGCUAUUUUUUCAUUAGCUGACAUCAACACGGGAGGCAAAUUGGACUAUGCAGAAUUCUGCAGAUUGCUUGUGUCUGCAGUGGAGCUAUGUCAAACAGCUGCUUUGGAAAGGCUUGAGGCUGAUGCCAAGCUGAAGAGACAGAACUUUGGCAGUCAAUCAUACAGCCCUCCGAAGAGCUCCGUGUCAUCAUCAGGAGCAGCGGCGGCUCAAGUGGAUGCAACUCACCGGGCAGAAUCAGACUCAACACUCAAGAAAGACAGCCGAUCGUCCUCCCGUCCUUCUUCCGCUCGCAGCAGACGCUCCUCGCUGUCGAACUCCAUCACAAUGACAUCCAGCAGCACGAAGGCCAGCAAAAUCCCAGAGCCUCCCGGUUUACAGGAGUGGCAUCACAGCUAUGUGAAAGGAUGCUUCUUUUUAGAGGACGAUGGAAGUAUCAGCUCUCUGCAGUACCAGCUCCACGUCCCCCAAACAACCAACGUCUACCUAACCGUCCAACCACUCAGCCUCAGCCAAAGAACUGACAAGACCUCAUCGUGGAUGACGGUGGACACGGCACUUUUUGUCAUGUCAGCUGGGGAAACCAAAGAGGACUCAACUUUAGUGUGUUUUACUGAUUCAAAAGACAAAGACAAGUAUGUUUGGAAAGGAGAGCUAAAUGCUGGGACAUACAACCUGCUUCCCUUCACCAGUGGCUGCAGGUUGAAGAAAAGGAGCAAGAAGAGCCUUUCUAAUAAACCUGUGGAGUUAGUCUACAAGACUGACACUGGAGAACUAGACCUCACUCGGGAGCUGAGGGAGGUGCUGUCUGACAUCUUUGAGGUGAUCGAUCUGGAUGGUAGUGGUUUGCUCAGCCUGGAGGAGUACAACUUCUUUGAGCUGAGAACCAGCGGAGAGAAGUGUGACAAGGACGCUUGGGCCGUCUGCAAAGAAAACUUUGAUAUGAGAAAGAACCAGCUGACACGACAGGGCUUCAUGGAGCUGAACCUGAUGGAGGCCACAGAGAAAGAUGGAGACCCUGCAGAUUUGUGGGUCACCCUGGAAGCUAUGGGAUACAACCGCAUGCUGGAGCUUGUAGAGGCUUGUCCAUUCCAGAUAGAUGUGCACUGCGAAGGCACUCAGCCGUCUGUCCAGCCACUCAGCAUGGACUCAGGGCCCAAGCUUCUAAACCAGGCCCUCCAGAAGUCCAUCACAGCUCGGACAGGGGCCAAAGCACUGAGGGGGCAUGACAAUGUCUUCAUCUACACCUACAGAGGAGAGCACAGGAUCUCCUCCCUCAUAGCCAACAAGACUAACCAGAAAGUGACCGUCCAUGUUAACAAUGAGCAGAGCAGGAACUGCUGCAGCAGCAGAGGCAUGACUGUGUUUGCUGUAGAAGUACCCGCCAGAACAAAGAUGGUGUGCCAGCAUGUGCUACCCAUUAUUGAGAAACAGGACUGGACCUACAACUGUGUGGAGACCAUACUACCCAGCAUAUAAGGCUGUACUCCCACAAUAGACUGCUGUUAUAUUCUAGUUAUAUUAGAAAUUGAUGGACUGAAAUGUAUUCAUCAG